AUGAGCAACACCGAAGACGAAUUCCAGGAGGCACGGAUUUUGCAAAAUGAACCUUCAGCCCAUGUGUGUAAGGUCGGAAUUCGCAUACCACCGUUUUGGCCGGAGGAACCCGAGAUAUGGUUCGCACAAGUUGAAGGUCAGUUCAGCAUUGCUGGCAUCACUAAUGACUCGACCAAAUUUAAUUAUGCCAUUGGUCAGCUCGGAAACCUGUACUCCAAAGAGGUCAAGGAUUUAAUUAUCAAUCCACCCUCCACCAACAAAUUUGAAAAACUGAAAACGGAGCUGAUAAAAAGACUGACUGCAUCCAAAGAAAAGAAGUUGACGCAGCUGCUGAUGUAUGAAGAGAUGGGUGACAGGAAGCCGUCACAGUUUCUUCGGCACCUUGAGAGCUUAGGCGGGUCGCAAAUCUCAACCGACUUUUUGAAAACAGUUUGGGUCAGCCGGUUACCUACCGGCAUUCAAACAGUAUUGGCUGGACAGACUUCUACCACGAUUGAAGCGAUGGCGGAUAUAGCAGAUAGGAUCAAUGACCUUGUUCCCUCGACACCUCAGGUGGCAUCAACCAGCCGACAGAGUGAGAACGUCGAGUUGGCCAGGGAGAUCGCUGCUUUACAGGAAGAGGUCUUACAGCUGGCCCUCAGACAACGAAGCGGCAACUCAAGCAGCAGGUCCCGACUACGCGAUCGUCAGCAUUCUUCGUCGAGAUCCCAAUCCCGCUACCGGCGCCACCCAGUCUGCUGGUACCACUUUAAGUUCGCCGACAAGGCGACCAAGUGCUGCCCUCCAUGUAACUUCAAGUCGGAAAAACUCCAAAGGCAAUCGGUAACGACGACCGACGAUUGCCCCUCUUCAACUGGUCGCCUGUUCGUCACCGAUCGCAAAUCCAAGACACAGUUCCUGGUCGACACUGGGAGCGACCUCUGUGUCUUCCCGCGGUCGCUGCUGCGAGAGCGUCGUGCCCGGACUACGUAUCAGCUAAGUGCCGCUAAUGGUUCUUGUAUAAACACUUACG